AUGGCUAUGCUGGCUUCGAAAUCGUCUUUUCCGGCUUCGCUGGCCUCCUCGAAUUCCACUCUGGUUUCGAGCGCGCAAUCAUCUGGUAUGGCGCCCUCGAGAAGACCACCUGUCGUCCAUGCCGCGGGUCAAGCCUUCGCUAGCCCGACCGAGUCCGAGUUCUCCGAUCUCGAUGGACCUGACGCAGUAAAGAACUGGACUGAGGAUCAAGUCUGCGACUAUCUGAGGAGUGUCAAAUGUGGCGAGUAUGAAAAACUCUUCAGGAAGAACAACAUCAACGGCGAGAACUUGCUGGAAAUGGAUAAGGAGGUCCUCAAGGAGAUGGGCAUCGAAAAGGUCGGCGAUCGAGUUCGACUAUUUCUGGGUAUUAAGAAGCUCAGGACAAAGGCUUACGCGAACCAGAAGAGGCGCAACCGAGAUUCUUUCGGGGGACUGGAUUCCCAAUAUGCUCCCUCUUCAACAGGGUCCCCGCGACACCCCAACUCUGGCAGUCGUGGUAUUGCCACGGCGUCUACCAAGAGGUAUUCGCGGCUUGACAUGCAAACUUUACCUAUGACCUCAAUGGCGGAUGUCGCAAAAUCCUCAUCACGACCAAACUCGCCUCUACCCAACACUGAUGCCCGAGGUGUUAGGCCACCGAGGUAUCAGAACCAGCAGUAUAUGAGCAAUACGACACCAAAUUCGACCGCUCGAGGACCUGGUUCACCGACUAUGCAGAGCCGUCUGGUAAUUACACAUACACGGAAUGCCUCAAGUCAGGAUGGUUCGCUGAUGGCUGCUUUACCACAGGGUCAAGACGUCAUCCGUGUCAUCUGGAACGGUGGCGUUACGAAAGUUGUUAAAAUUGCCGACUGCAAUACCUGCGAAGAAGUCAUGCGGGUGACGUUACGAAAAUUCGCGUUACGAGAGGACCACGAUCGCAAUUACUGUUUCUGGAUAUUAGCCGGUGUUGACCCCGACCCUAAGCAAUGUCGUCGUCUCGGCGAUACCGAACUAUGGCGCAUCAUUAAGGAUCAGAAGCGACCCGAGAGAAACCGCCUCAUCCUCCGAAGAGUGCCGUCCGGAGAGCCAGGAGAGAAAGAGUUGCAGCGAGCCGCCUCCAUUGCCAUGGAAGAAGCCCAACAAUACCACAACCAGGGUCUCGGAAACAUACAAGAUAAGAGGAGUCAAGAAAAGGUACAAAGGAUAUUAGGUGAGAGCUGGAACGAAGGGCUUCAGCAGCCGCUAUCGCCAAUUUCCUUCCAGGACCGUGAGAGGAAUCUCAAUAAUACUGCUAGGGAUUUAGAACGACCAUCCAGUGACGCUAGGGGUGCCCCGAGACGAAAGGUCAUGAGGCCGUUCGGUGGUCUGAGACCUCCCAGCGAGUUGAUUACUUCGGAUCUCACUUCAUACUUCCCUGAUCACCCUAGGGAAGACAUUGACCGAACCGCCCGACUAUCUAUGCGUAGGUCUACUCGCCUAAGCAAGGUAAACAGCCGACUCAGUGUCGCUAGCAACUUCAGCUAUGCAUCUAGUAUCCAAGAUGCCCCUCCGAUCCCGACGAUUGCAGAUUCAUGGCUGAAUAGUGGUCAGCUUGCUAAAGUCAAGGCUCGUGAAAUUCAAGGUCGUAUGCCACAUUCGUUCCGGGAUUCGAUCGCCUCAUCAGUACUAGACACUCUUCAAGAGGAAUCCCCUAUCGAACCUAACCGCAAGUCUUAUGUUUCGUUUGCAGAUAGCGGUUCGGAUAGCAAUCCGAUAAGCAUCACAGAUCCGGAAGGGAAUGUCCGCCAGAGCUACUUCGACGAAUCGAGUACUCAAGGCUCUGGGUCCUUGAAGGAAAUUACUCAAGCCCUCAGUGAGGAUGGUGAAGAUGCCGACGAGGAACUACAGAGCUUCUUAGCUGGUGAGUCAUGGGACGAUAACAAGUGGAUGAAAGGUGCCUUGAUUGGUCAAGGAUCGUUCGGUAGCGUUUACUUGGCCUUACACGCUGUCACCGGAGAGCUACUUGCCGUCAAGCAAGUUGAGACGCCUUCGCCCGGCGCGAACAGCCAGACGGAUGCUCGAAAGAAGAGUAUGAUCGAGGCUCUUAAGCGAGAGAUUAGUCUGCUCCGAGAUCUCCGACACGCGAACAUUGUGCAAUAUCUCGGCUGCAGCUCCUCAGCUGAGCAUCUGAAUAUUUUCCUCGAGUACGUCCCUGGUGGCUCCGUCCAGACAAUGCUCAACUCGUAUGGUGCCCUCCCCGAACCUCUUGUCCGCAGUUUCGUGAGGCAGAUCUUGAAUGGGCUCUCGUACCUACACAACCGAGAUAUCAUUCAUCGUGAUAUUAAAGGCGCCAAUAUCCUUGUAGAUAACAAGGGUACGAUCAAGAUUUCUGAUUUCGGAAUCAGCAAGAAGCUCGAGGCGUCUAAUAUUCUUAAUGGCGCCAACAACAAUAAGAACCGACCAUCGCUGCAAGGCUCGGUGUUCUGGAUGGCCCCUGAAGUGGUUAAGCAAACCUCAUACACAAGGAAAGCUGAUAUCUGGUCUCUCGGCUGCUUGGUUGUCGAAAUGAUGACCGGAGCACAUCCUUUCCCGGAUUGCAGUCAGUUGCAAGCCAUCUUCAAGAUUGGAGGUGGUAAGGCGGCCCCGACUAUUCCUUCAACUGCCAGUCCCGAAGCAAUCAAAUUCUUGAGUCAGACAUUUGAGAUAGACCACAACUUGCGACCCAGUGCAGACGAACUUAUGCUCAGCCCGUUCCUCGCACCAAUUACCUAA